GAAAACCACAAGAAAGUAAAAAGUGCCCCGACCUCUAUAAACCCUUGUCAAACGCGCGUCUCUAUAAACCCCUAAGAAACUAAAAUGGGGAAGAAGCAGAAGAAAGCGGAAGCCGAAACGGACGCAGAGAGAGUUGAAAACGACAAGGCAGAAAACGAGCUCGAGCUCACUAAUGGCGAUUCUCACAAAAAGAAGAAGAAGAAGAAAAAUAAAGAAAGAAAUGAGAGUGAUAAAGAAGUAAUCAAAGCAAAGGAAAUACCUACAGUCAGCGUAGCCAUUUCUGGUUCCAUCAUCAAUAACGCUCAAUCUCUCGAGCUCGCCACUCGAUUGGCCGGUCAAAUUGCUCGUGCCGCGACUAUUUUUCGAAUUGAUGAGGUGGUGGUGUUUGAUAAUAAGAGUAGUUACGAGAAAGAGGAUCGUACUUUAACGACAGACAAUUAUUCGGACGAGAAUGAGAGUGGCGCGGCUUUUUUCGUAAGGAUCUUGCGGUAUUUAGAGACUCCACAGUAUUUAAGAAAAGCUCUUUUUCCAAAGCACUGUAACUUAAGAUUUGUGGGAAUGUUGCCCCCGCUUGAUGCUCCACACCAUCUGCGCAAACAUGAGUGGGCUCCAUUCCGGGAAGGUGUCACCCUAAAUGAAAAGGUUCCAAAUUCCGGGGAAACACUAGUUGACGUGGGCUUGAGUAAGAAUGUUUCCAUAAAUCAAGUGCUUGAACCUGGAAUAAGAGUAACCGUGGCUAUGGGAACCAAUCGCAAUUUGGAUUCCGAUUCACCACGCCAGGUUGUCUCGUUAUUGAAGCCGAGGGAGGAAGCAGGAAUGUAUUGGGGGUAUAGAGUGCGAUAUGCUUCAAAUAUCAGCUCAGUAUUUAAGGAUUGUCCAUACACGGGUGGCUAUGACCAUUUGAUUGGUACCUCAGAGCAUGGUCUCAUUAUUAACUCAUCAGAGCUUUCUUUACCACCAUUCAGGCAUCUCUUGAUUGCUUUUGGCGGGCUUGCUGGGUUGGAAGAGAGUAUUGAAGAAGACAGUAACUUAAAGGGUAAAAAUGUCCGUGAGGUAUUUGAUUCGUACCUGAACACAUGCCCCCAUCAAGGAAGUCGGACUAUUCGAACUGAGGAAGCAAUUUUCAUCUCACUUCAGUAUUUUCAAGAACCAAUCAACCGAGCACUGCAUAGAGUUCAGCUUUGAAGUUACCAGAAAUCAGCCAGGUGGCCAUUCUGCUCUUGAUCCUUUGAGGCUCCCAAAAGCACUUUUUUUGAAGAUUCUGGAAUUGUUUGCCUGCAACUUGGAAGAUUAAAGGAUCUUCAUGUUCUUUAUUUAGUCUAGUUUAAGCUGCAUGGUUGCAAAAUUUGUAAUUUCUUUCUAGUAUAUUUUCUGAAAAAUUUUGGUGAUGGAUUGGUCAAUUCAUUAAUGCCAUUUUUUUUUUUAA